AUGUCUUUAAGUAAACCGGACAGUGGUGUACGCGAGAGAGACAGAAAGUUCCUUCUGUCUUUCGCCUACUCCCAAUCUCAGCUGAGACGAACGCAAGCCGAGCUUAAUGCUGUCCGCAGCCAGCUCAAACAUCAGCGUCGAAAGCGAAAGCGAGCGCAACAACAGAUGCAAGUCCUGACAACAGCUGCGUUGAGACUAUGCACGAGAGAAAAGCAGCUACGGAAUUAUCGACGGCCAGCUUCGUGGUGGGAAACCACACUACCCGACCUCCCUGACGAGUUUUUUAAGCGCGACUUUCGCGUGACCCGUGCGACAUUCAGCUACCUGAUUGAGGUCUGUCAAACCAUGGCAAGAAGCGACACGAACUUGAGGAAGGCCGUGCCAUUGCGAAAGCGCAUCGCAAUUGCUCUGUAUCGGCUGUCGUCGUCCGCGGAAGACAGGACUGUGGGCAAUCUUUUUGGCGUCAGUAGGUCCUUCGUGAACCUUGUGUACAGAGAGUUCUGCUCUGUGAUUGUGGACAAACUUGAAGCAAAGUUUGUGAAGCUCCCAACACAGGCAGAACUUCCGGAGCACCUACUUCGGUUUGAGGCUGUCACAGGAUUCCCUCAAGGGUUCGGAGCUUUGGAUGGAUGCCAUAUUGCGGUUUGUCCUCCAAAAGACCAAGGUUCCGAUUACUAUAAUUACAAAGGGUGGUACAGUGUCAUCCUCCUUGCCAUCGUGGAUCACACCUACAAGUUUAUCUAUGUGAACGUGGGAUCACCAGGGAGAAGCCACGACUCUGCCGUCUUCCAGAGGUCCAGGUUGCCAAUUGUGCUGAACAGUGAACUCUUCAAGACAUGUGCAGUGACUAUGCAAGGUGUCAGAGUGGGUCCGGUCAUUCUUUGUGACCAAGCAUUUCCCCAGCAGCAACAUCUGAUGAAGCCAUACCCUGACAGGGCAGCAAACUCUCCUGAAAAAGAAAACUUCAAUGCGCGGCUGUCAGGUGCCAGACGCAUAGUUGAAAAUGCCUUCGGCAGAGUGAAAGCACGGUUCCGGAUACUUCUGAAGGGACUUGAAUGCGACAUUGAGAACUGUGGAACAGUAAUUAGAGCUUGCUGCGUUCUGAAUAACAUCUGUGAAGAUAUGAAUGACAGUGUAGAAAACAGCUGGAUGGAUGAAUACCACCACCGCGUCAGGGAAAUGCCGCAACAUUCCACGACCGUCUGCACCGAAGGUGGGGCACGUGUGCGUGAUGCCAUUGCCUCGCAUCUCUACAGUGCAACCUCUUCCUGA